UUUACCUGACAGAAUAUCCUGUGACCAGGGUGUUUGAUAUGGACUUCAAAUGUUUCCUGAUGUGAGCUGGUCUCAUGCAGUUUAAACAGCCUAUUUCUGGACUUCGUGUAAAGACGUCGCGACUUUGCACUAGAUCUGUUCUAUCUGCAAAUUGAAUUUCGAGUGUUAUUUGCUUUCUCCUGCUUUGACAUGCCCGCCACAGACUCCCCUUGUAAAUCCUGCCGUGGCCUCUCUUGGGCGGUGCCGUCCGAGAGAGGAGCAGGUCCGGUGGGUGGAGGGACAAUCUCCUGUGGACCUGCUGUAACCGACCUGCUGUAACCCUCUGCUCCUCCAGUCCUGAUCUGCUGCCUCCUGCUGAGACCUCUCUCCUUCUCUUCCUCCUCCACCGGGUACCGGCAUCAUGGAGAGCUCCGGGAUGCUACGCAGACUGCUGUUUGUGUGCCUGCUGUCCGUCAUUUGUCAAGGCCAGGCAUCACAGGACGUCUAUGCAGAGGACUUUGGAGUGAACAAACCCGAGCCACGCGCAGACAGAGACCUGAUGGAAGUACUCGAGGCUCUGCUGGGCAGGAUACAUCAUCGCAUUUCCUCCACUGAGAAAAGAGGAAGCAUCCCUGUGUGUGGGAUGGGUGACCGGUGUGCCAUGAAGUUCGGCCCUCGCAUUGGGAAGCUCUGUGACUGCAGUAGAGGAGCCAACUGCAACUCCUACCUGCUCAAGUGCAUCUGACAC